GAUGAAAACUAGAAUGUGUGUGAAACAAAAUGGAGGUGUUUUAUAAUGGUGCGUAGCGUAUCCCGUUUUAUCUUCUGAUAGCAGUGGAAAAACUUAUCAGAACCGGUCGAAAAUAUGCACAAUUUGUUGCGGAAGUGAUCGGCACCCGUUUGGUGAUAUUUUCAGUGCCAAGUGAACAUUUUCCGGUCCGUUUGGAUGCGAUUGAAAAAGUGGUGAAAAGUUUCUCGGUUUCUUAGCCAUCAGCUUUUGCUGCGCUGGGGCUUUGGUCUUUCUUCAGGGCGAGAGGUGGAAGAGCCUGAAGAAGCAAGCAAGCAAAAAAAAAAAAAAAAAGAACAUGAAGUGAUGCGCGGCCCCAACGCUGUUGUUCCGAAUGCUUCUGUGAAGCAUUGUGAAAAAGGGAAACGCUUCAUACAAAAAGAAUAUUGGUUGUCUUGUAAUCCAUCUUUGGGAUUAAAUCGUGUCAUGUUAGUGUAUUGUUUAUUGCAGCAUAAAACAUUGUUACUGCUUUUAAUUUUAUUCAUGAAAUUCGUUAAAAUUUCGGACUGUGUUGAAUGUUGUUUCCGAAGUGGUUGGUGGUGUUGGUGAACAUAAAAUUUUACUUUGCGAUACCUACCUAUCAAGAAUCAAGGACAUAGUUCGCCGGUGAAACCAAUAUGGAUCUUGAAUGUUACGGACAAAGUUGUUGGAUUCACUGGUGAGGCCGUCACGAAUGCAUCAUUACCUUGAUUCUCAUUCUGCAUGACGUCGUUCGGUUCAAAUGUUAUAGGCUGAUGUUUUGGAGUCAAACAGCUAUGCUGUGUUAGGAACUACAUCAGCGAGCUGUGUCUGACUUAAAAUAUUUUUUUACGUAGCUUUAGUUCAAUUGUUUAAAAGCUUUAAAACAUUCAAGAAAUUCGAAUGUUCGAUGCUGUUUUUCCAAAAAAUGUGAUGAAAAUCAAAAUUUGUGAUGCGGAUUUCAUACAGGACUUGAGGUUCAAACUCAUCUCCCGGCGUAGCAUUGCGAUUUAGUGUCACGUAAAGCCGUAGUUAUCUAUUGCUUCAUGUUAUUUAAAUUAACGAUACUUUAGCGCUAUUACACCAACAACCACUUCGUAAAUUGAAUUGAAAGUGAAACACACCACCAAGCAACGAAUUUAGAACGAUCAAGAAUUAACUCUCUGAAACAUGUGUUACAUAUAAUUCGCAAAUCGAUUUUCUUCUCGAUAGGAAAAGCACCGACAUCAACCAAUGAGUCAGUCAGAAGAUACAAGUGAAGCGGAUAGCAUUUUUUCACUAAAUUGCUAAACGUUUUGUUAGCAACCGCAGAAAAAAAAAACGGCAAAAAUAAAACCUACCGAAAUCAACGGUAGUAGUGUUUUCGUAGUUAGGACCGGACGUCGAUAGUUUGUGGCAGUCCAGCUAAUUUUUUGUAACCUAAAUAAUGGACGCAUACUAUCGAUACGAUCCGACAGCCCCUCGUGGCAUGGGUCCGCCAGGGAACGCCGGUGGACCAUACGCGAGGCAUCGGGCACCACACCCGAUGCAACAGCAGCAGCCACAGUCUCAGUAUCCUGCCUAUCAGCCAGCCACGACGGACAACAUGUAUUCGAUGCCGGAUCAUAACGCCGCGAUGGGUGGCAUGGGGGACAGUCUGUGGGGUGCGCAGCCGCCUCCGCCACCGCAGGCCAAUCCGUACGCUGCUCCCAUGGGCUACGGGCAUCCACAGGCACCGCAGCCCACCCAGCGUCAGACGCCUACCAGCUAUCGGCAGCACAUGAGCGGCUAUCCUCAGCAGGACACAUCAAAGCUUCAGUACCCCACACAGCAAGCGAUGAUGGGCGGCAUGAUGCCACAGCAGGGCUACGGAUCGUUAAGCCAGCCUCAGCAACCGACUCAGCAGCAGCAGCAACAACAACAGCCACAGCAGCCCCAACAACAGCAGCAGCAACGUGUUUCACAGCAUUAUCCCCAAGCGGGCCACUCUAUGUAUCCGGGAGCGCCGGUAGUUCAACCACAAAGCGCAACGGCCCAAACCGGAUACGCAUCAUACGCACCCUCUAUGCAACAGCACACCGGUCGAACUUCGCAACAUGUGUACACCCAACAUCAGCUCGAUCAGAGCGCGUACGGGCAGCAUAUGAGUGCCAGUCAGGUUCCCACAAGCCUACAUCAAAUGACCACCCCACAGCAGCAACCUCCGGGACAGUUGCCACAGCAUCCUCCCCAGCAAUCGCAUCUACCAAUACCCGGUCAAACACCACAAUCGCAGCAACAAAUGCAUGCAAGCCAAAUGCAGCCUGUUCAACAGCAACAACCUCAACAAACGCAACAGCAGCCCACUCAUGGAAGUCAGCCAUCUCACACACAAGCACACCCACAGCAACAUCCAGGGUUGACGAGUUUGAACUCGCAGCAAAGCCAACAACAGAACAGUUUGCUAGGGAAUCAACACCCGGGUUUGGUUCAUUCACAGCAACCAACCAGUGGUGGACUGAUGCAUAGCGCAAGUGCGUUAGCAACAGCAAUGUCACAAUCUCAGGCCAAUCAACAGCCAGCAGGCCACCAUAGUACUAGUACUCUAGGAGGACAUCAAAUGUCUCACAGUACUUUAUCCAGUGUGCCCGGUUAUGGUACGAAUGCCCCACAGCAGCAAUCGUAUCUACCGAAUGCCACCAAACAGCAACCACAACAGCACGGAAGUAGCCCUCAGUACCGAGCGCCGUUUCCUCAGCUUUCACCCCAAAUGUCGCCGCGGCCACCACAAAUGUCCCCCCACACGCAGAUGUCUCCCCGGCCGGUAAUGUCCCCAGCAAAACCGCCCGGAAGUGUCACAUCGCAAGCACCACAAACAACGCUUUCCACGACCAUGUCACCUCACCCGCAUCUGGCCAGUUCUGGCGGUAACAUCCAGAGUCCACGACCGCAACAGUCAAUGCCCGCUACGAAGCUUACGACGGCUUCGGCCUCGGGGCCGGUGAACACUCUGCAAGCGCUGGAACAGAUGGUGAUGCCGCCUUCCGCUGCUGCAGCAGCUUUGGAAUACUCCCAAGCCGCUGCGUACCGAGGGCCUCCACAUCAGCAGCAAAUGCAGAACAAUCCUCUUUCUCCGUUGGGUCCACGAUUGCCGAUGUCCCCACAGCAUCAUCAACAGUGGCCUCCGAUGGUUCAGCGACCUGGUAGUGGUGGUAUAAAUGGCAGUGCUCAUCAUGGCAUGCCUCAACAACCUCCACAACAACAACCACAGCAACAGCAGCAGCAGCAGCAACAACAGCUUGGGAACCAGCAUCUGCCCCCGAUGCAUCCCCAUGCUCCGCAUUUACAUGUGUCACAAGCCUCCCAUCCACAACCUCCGCACGCUCAACAGAUCUCACAGUUGAACGACAUCUCCAGUCUGAUACCGCCUGUGUCGCAAACGAUGCCUGUGAUACCGCCAACUCAAGGCCCUCCUACUGGGCUGCAGUAUAGCAAUCUAGAUGAUAAGAGUCUCGUUGACCCAUCGGUUCAGCAACAAUCCCAACAACCGCAACCACAACAACAACCACCUACUGUACAUAGUCUGCACCAGCCCCAUUUAUCCCAACCUCAACAACAACCCCAGCAGCAGCAGCUACCGUCAAUGCAUCAACCACAUCAGCUUCCCCCGCAACAACAACAGCAGCAGCAACCACAAAAUCAACCAAUGCUAACGCAACUUCAACCACCUUCACACCUGCUGCAACUUCAAUCUCAGUCAGCACAACAAGCCCAAUCUCAGCAGCACCAGUCACACCUUACGACAAUGCAACCAAUGUCCGUACAGCAGCAACCUCCCCAAACAACUCCAUCUGUUCCUUCGUCGCACUCGAUUGCCCAACAGCUGCAGUCUCCAUCAUUUAAUGAUGAGAUGAUGAUGUCGCCUAGCGGCCAAUCUCAACAGCAGCAGCAACAACAACAGCACCAACAACACCCAACACCACAGCAACAAUCACAACACAUACCUAGUGCCACAAUACCGAGUGCUCCAACGUCGGUAGCCUCUCCGAUUGCUCCAACAAUUACGCAUCAGCCCAUGUCUGUUUCGCAAGCCCCCCAUUUGAGCGAGUUGCAGUCGCUGCCUUCAGUGACGCCCGUUUCGACUCAAUCUAAACAACAAUCGUCACAUCAGCAGCAGCAACAACAACAGCAACUACACAAUAGUACAGCUUCCUCGGUAGAGCUUCCACCGAUUUCAACCCUGUCAGUUGAACCGACUGCUACAAGCGUCGAAAGUGUGCCACCGGCCAGCAAUACCGAGUCACAGCAACCGUCAGCUGAUCUCAGUCUAAUUGACAGUCUUACUUCGAGUAAUGCUAACGAAGCUCCUUCGAGCUUGGGAGCAGCUGGGUCUAUACCGGAAUCCGCCGUAAGCGAAACCGACAGCUUACAGCAGAGGCAUUCCGUCUCCGAACAAAACAGCAGCAACGAAGAGUCACGGGACAGUAUCGUGCCUGCUCCGGCGGAAUCCAACACCGACGAGAGCAAAUCUUCGAGUUCGCUGAUGUCGGGAACCGAUUUCGAAUCUAUGAAUCAGGCCAACAAUGGCACGGCUAAUUCAAUGCUGAACUCGGAUGCUGCCUUGGAUGAAACAAUUCGAGACAGUCAAACGCUUGGUUUGGAGAGCGUAAAUGCCGAACCUAACGAAAAGCGGGAUGAUGUUUACCACUCUGAUAACUCGAACCAAGCACCAACUUUCGAUGCUAAAAAGACUGAAAUUUCCAUGGAUUCGGCCACUGGACCCGAACCAAUAACGUCUGUUGUGUUGACCGAACUCCAAGCCCCGGAAAUAACAACAGCCUCUACUACGACUACGAGCCCAGAACAAUCUGUACCGACAUCUACUACUACACCUACGCUACCGACAGCGGCAUUGGCAACGUACCCCAAUCAAACGGAACCGAUGCCCGGUGAGCAAAUCAUAUCGACCAGUACACCAGCAACGACAAUACCUACCAAUACGACUCAAAUGCCACCGCAAAUGCAUCCGCAGAUGUAUGGCCCAAUGGGUCCCACGGCAGGUCAGCCGCCACCGAUGUACGGAAUGCAUUUGCCCCCAGGUGGUCCCAUGAUGCACGGUACUCAUGGGCCUGGAAUGCACGGUAUGAUGAGCCCAGACAUGAUGAAUUCUUAUCCGACCCCUUACCAAUCGCAUGCUCAAGAGCGAUCAGCUCUUCAACAGCAACUACAGGAUCUUUACAAACUUCCAAUGGCUGACAAUCAAGAUAAAGUUAUGCGCCUACAGGAAAGAAUUGCCGUACUUCAGCAGCACGAAACCACCGACGGAUGCCAGGGUGGUCCCCAGUGUAUGAUGCAGAACCAUUCUAUGUACUCGUCUGCAAUGAUUGACAGCCCGCAGGUAACCAGCACAACAGGUCGUCGAGGUCGAAACCCUUCCAGCAAACCACGAAAGCCCCGUUUGAAGAAAGCCGAAAAACUGGCCCAAGAAGCAGCUGCGGCUGCUGCCGCGGCAGCUUCCCUUACUCCUACGCCAGUGCCCGGACAACCGCAGCCUCCACAGCAACCGUUGGUAACCUCAGGUGACGAAACAUCACAAACACAAACGACGGUCACCGCUCUUCCUGUGUCCGAAGAUUCCGUCACUGCCGGAACCGGGCUCGCGGAGGUAACAUCGGAAAGUUUCAACGAAACGUUGAACGAAACCGAAUCUCAAGACAAUCUCUCUAUGGGCGAUCUGGACACUUCAACUGACGCCAGCGGAAAAAAGUUGAAAAAGCCACGAAAGCCUCGGGAGCCAAAAGAACCCAAGGAACCGAAGAAAGCCAAAGAGCCAAAGGAAAAGAAAGAGCCUAAGAAAAAGGAACCCAAGGAGCCUAGUAAAGCUAAGAAGAAAGGUGGCAAAAAGGGAACGUCCGAGGGCGAUAACUCCAUGUCUAUGGACACCAAUAGCCAGGAUCACGAUCAAGAUCUCUCAAAGGCUACGAGCGAAGCGGACGAGAAUCAAACACUUGCUUCCUUAAUGCACUCACAAAAUUCAACCGAUGCUACCAGUGUUCCCGAUAAGGAGUCCAAACCGGAAGAAGCCGAAGAAAAGGACGAUAAGGACGAUGUGACUGAUUUCGAUGACAUUCCAGUGUCCAAGAUUGCUGUUAAGACUUUACUAGAGGAAAGUGAGGCGAAGGAAAAGGAACAAGAGAAUGAAGACAGUUUAGGGGAAACGGCGGGACCGGAUGAUGAAACUCCAAAGAAGAAAAAGAGUAGCAAAAAGAAGGAACCGGGUAGCGGCGAAACUAAGAAAAAGAGUUCGUCCAGUUCCAGAAGUAAGAAACCAAGUGGUGGUGGAAGCAGCUCGAAGAGUCGAUCUCGCCGAAUCCGGCUGACUGUCGAAUCAGAUGGGGAAGGUGAUGAUCUGGUGAGUACUCCGCCUCCUUCACCCCCACCGGAUGCGGAUAUCGACAGUUCCAAACGGAGAUCGGCUCGAAAUACGCAGCGCAAGAAAUACGUUGACGACGUGAUGCUUCGCUUCUCGGAUGACGAGUCGGGUAUGAUUUCGCCGAUUCCAACCACGCGCAAGGAAAAGAAAGCUGAAGCCGAGAAGAAAGAUGCGGACAGCAGUGGCGAAGGCCCAAUUGCGGGAACAUCGUCAGAUGCUGCCGUUGCGAGCACUAGUGGAGCGGGUGCAGAAGGAGCUGAGGAGGUUAGCACUACCGAUGUCAAACCAGAAGCAAGCGCUGAACCGAAACCCGAGGAAGCAAACAAGCCCAACUAUGUGUACGUCAACACCGGCGAUGAAGAUUCAAUGGUUGUACACUAUGUCCUAGCGGUCCGGAUGGGUAAACGAGAAUUGAAACCAGAUCCACCCCCACCACCACCGAAAGAAAAGACACCUGAACCGGAACAGAAGUCUGAAGGAAUUGAAGAAGGGGAAACAGCAGAAAAGAAAGAAGGUGAAGAAGGUAGCACUGCUGAAGUGAAGCAAGAAGGCGAGGAAGAGUCUAAAAAGGAAAGUGAUUCUGACGCUAAGGCAGAGGACAGCAAAGAAGGCGAAGAAAAGGAUGUGAAGGAAAGUGAAGAAUCAAAAAUGGAAGUUGACGAACAAGAUGACAAGAAAGGAGAGAUAGACAAAGAAACCGAGAAAGAGGUUGAAAAAACAAGUGAGACCAAGGCAGAGGAAAUGGAAACAGAAGAACCCGAAGAAUCAAAGAAAGAAAAAACAGAAGAAAGUGUCGCUGAAGAAGAUUCGGCGGAAGAUGAUAAGAAGGCUUCCAAAGAUAAGGAGGGUGCAGAAGAGCCUUCAACGGGAAAGAAAGAAGACGGCAAGAUGGAGGUUGACGAGGACAAAACGGAUGACAAAGUUGAAAAGACUGCGUUGAAGAAGGUUGAAGACAAACCUGAAGAAAAGAAGGAACCACCUGUGUUCAUCGACGUUGAGGAAUACUUCGUCAAAUAUCGUAACUUUUCUUACCUUCACUGUGAAUGGCGAACCGAAGAUGAGCUUUUCAAGGGCGAUAAACGUGUGGGAAAUAAAAUCAAACGUUUCCUACAAAAACAGCAACAGCAGCUAAACAUCUUCGAGUCCUUGGAUGAGGAGCCGUUCAAUCCGGACUUUGUCGAAGUGGAUCGGGUGCUGGAUGUGUCCGAGCAUACCGAUGACGAUGGCAAAACGGUGAAACAUUAUCUUGUGAAAUGGAAGAGCUUACCGUACGAGGAUAGCACCUGGGAAUUGGAAGAUGAUGUCGAUCUUCCGAAGAUUGAUCAGUACUACCGAUUCAAUAAGAUUCCGCCGAAGAGUGAAUGGAAAACAAAGAAGCGACCUCACCCAGAUCAAUGGAAGGCCCUUCCGGAGAGCCCUACGUACAAGGCUGGCAACAGACUCCGUCCAUAUCAGCUGGAAGGUUUGAAUUGGUUGCGGUACUCAUGGUACAAGGGGAACAACUGUAUCCUAGCCGAUGAAAUGGGUCUGGGCAAAACUAUUCAAAGUUUAACGUUCGUCCAUUCGGUUUACGAGUAUGGCAUUCGAGGACCAUUCCUGGUGAUUGCUCCCUUAUCAACCAUUCCCAAUUGGCAGCGGGAGUUUGAAGGAUGGACAGAUAUGAAUGUGAUCGUUUAUCACGGUUCGGCUACCAGUCGACAAAUGAUUCAGGACUAUGAAGUGUUUUAUCGGUAUGAAAAUGGAAAAUACAUUAAAGACAUAAAUAAAUUCAAUGUGCUGAUUACGACUUUCGAAAUGAUCGUCACUGAUUACCAAGAUUUGAAACCGUUCAAUUUCCGAGUAUGCGUCAUCGACGAAGCUCAUCGUCUGAAAAACCGGAAUUGUAAACUGCUGGAAGGUCUUCGGCAGCUGAACCUUGAACAUCGAGUGCUGCUUUCCGGAACUCCGUUGCAAAACAAUGUGAACGAAUUGUUCUCAUUGCUCAACUUCCUUGAGCCAAGUCAGUUCUCAUCGAAUGACGAGUUCUUGCGGGAAUUUGGAAGUCUCAAAACGGAAAGCGAGGUACUGAAACUGCAGGCCCUGUUGAAACCUAUGAUGCUUCGACGUUUGAAGGAUGACGUUGAGAAAUCGCUCGCACCUAAGGAAGAAACCAUCGUUGAGGUGGAACUGACCAACAUCCAGAAGAAGUACUACCGAGGUAUUUUGGAGCAAAACUUCUCGUUCUUGAUGAAGGGAACAACCUCGGCCAACAUUCCGAAUCUGAUGAACACGAUGAUGGAGUUGAGAAAGUGCUGCAUUCAUCCGUACUUGCUGAACGGUGCCGAAGAUCAAAUUCAGUAUGAUUAUCGUCAACAGCACGGCGAUGAUGCAGAAGCUUAUUACAAGAACUUAAUCGUUUCAUCCGGUAAGAUGGUACUGAUUGACAAGCUGUUGCCCAAACUGAAAGCGAACGGUCAUCGUGUGUUGAUUUUCAGUCAAAUGGUUCGCUGUUUGGAUAUCUUGGAAGAUUACUUGAUCUACCGGAAAUAUCCCUUCGAGCGAAUUGACGGCAGAAUUCGAGGAAACUUGCGACAAGCAGCUAUCGAUCGCUACUCGAAACCAGAUUCCGAUCGGUUUGUAUUCCUGCUGUGUACGAAAGCAGGUGGUUUGGGAAUCAACUUGACCGCGGCUGAUACGGUUAUCAUCUAUGACAGUGAUUGGAAUCCGCAAAACGAUUUGCAAGCGCAGGCCCGUUGCCAUCGUAUUGGACAGCAAAAGAUGGUUAAAAUCUACCGUUUACUCUGUCGCAACACUUACGAGCGAGAAAUGUUCGAUAAGGCUUCACUGAAAUUGGGCUUGGAUAAGGCCAUUUUGCAGAGUAUGAAUACCGCACAGGGAGGCAAAGACAACAACAAACAGUUGUCCAAGAAGGAAAUCGAGGAUCUGCUGAAGAAGGGUGCCUACGGAGCAGUGAUGGAUGAUGACGCGGGAGACAAGUUCUGCGAAGAAGACAUCGAUUCUAUUCUGCUUCGUCGCACACAGGUCAUCACAAUGGAAAGCGAAAAGGGUUCAACUUUCUCGAAAGCCUCGUUUGCUGCGGCCGCUAACCGAAGCGAUAUUAACAUUGACGAUCCGGACUUUUGGAACAAGUGGGCCAAGAAGGCUGAGAUCGAUCCGUUGGCCUGCGAGAAAGACGAAACGGAGGAUUUGGUGAUUGCGGAGCCGAGGAAGCGAACGCAGAUCAAGCGAUACGGACACGACGACGGUGUGAUGGACAUGUCGGAUGAAUCGUCCGGAGAGCAUGGAAGCGAAGGCGAAGAAGGCGGCGGCGGUCUGAAAACCAGAAGCAAACGGAAUCGCGGCAAGGACAAAAACAAGAAACAACAGGUCGAGAAGGAUGAGUACAUUCCACGCGAUCGGGAUACACUGGCGGCGCUUGGGUUCGACGAGGUUUCCUACGGAAACUGGGCACGAUCCGAGCUAUUUAAGGUGGAGAAAGGAUUGCUCUCGCAUGGAUGGGCCCGCUGGACUGAAAUUCUGGAACAGGGUCAGUUUAAGCGUGGCUGGCGUGAGCAGGACAUCGAGGAGUGUUCUCGAAUUAUUCUAUUGUACUGCCUCGAUCGCUAUCAGGGAGACGAGAAGAUCAAAAAUUUCAUUUGGGAACUGAUCACACCAUCAGAAGGUGGUGAACAACGAGAGAUUGCUCGCAACCAUAGUGGAUUGCACAACUUGGUUCCCAGAGGACGUAACGCUAAGGGACGCAAAUCUGUGAAUCCCGUACCAGGAGGAACUCCAACGCUGAAGCGCGAAGGAAGCGUUACCGACGUGAACGAAGAUGGCUCGUCGAACUCGUCCGGUACCCAGAAGGAGCCGAAACCUGUCAAGUCCGGUACCGACUCGGGUGGUUCCAAUACUCCGACCACCGAUCCGAACCACUGGAGCAAAGAUGAAAAGUAUGACGCCGAAAAUAUGCUGGACGUCAACUACAAAAAGCAUCUCACUAGACAUGCCAACAAAGUGCUCCUUCGCGUCCGGAUGCUGUACUACAUCAAACACGAAGUCCUCGGUGAUUUGGUGACGCAGAUUCAAGAGGGUGCUAAUGCGAGCGAUCUCCCCAUUCGGCCACCGCCGACGCCUGACCAGCUGCCGUGCUCGUGGUGGAAUCCAAAUUGUUGCGAUCGCAGCCUUUUAGUCGGCACGUAUAAGCAUGGCUGCGAAAACUACCGCGUGAUGCGAGCGGAUCCGAUGCUCUGCUUCCAGAGCCACUGCGGUCCCGGCGACGGAAUCGUCGAGGAAGCGACGGUUGUCAAAGAGGUCGAUGACGAUGCCAACUCCAAGCAGGGAGACAACGAAGACGAUCCAGAGGACGGACCCUCGGAGGCCCGUUCCUCGUCGGCCGGCGUCGAUUCCAAAGACGAUGAUGAAGAAUCCACAGCUGGUACCGCAACUAGUGCUGCCCCCACGCCGGCCCCGUUGGACACCAACCCGGAUCUGAUGUGGCCGACGAUGCAGGACCUGAACACCCGUCUCCGACGUGUCAUCACUUCCUACCAGCGCAACUACAAGAAGGAAGAGCUGAAGCAACAACAGAAGGCAAAGCUUCAGGCGAUCGUACCGCCGGCAUCUUCGAUGGGUGGUCAAUCGUCAUCGAAUCCGUCGACGCCUUGCACUACCCCUGGACCGGCCAUGAGCGGUAGUCUCACUCCCCAGCACCAGCAGCAGUCUCAGUCGAUGCAAAUGAUGGGCUCUCAGCAGCAACUCGGAGGCGCUGGUGGCGCAUCUACUUCCUACGCUGGCACUAGCGGAUUGAGCAAGAGCCAACAGCAGCAAGCAUCGGCCGGCGCUGGGGGUCUCUCUCUGGGAGGUUCCACCCCGACCGGUGGAAUGCCAACGGCUGCUGACUUCAGUCUCAUGCUGAGCCUAGGGCUGGGCCUCAAUCCGGCCGAUGCUUCGCAGCUGGCCAAUCUCGAUCUGCAAAAGUUAGCCAUGUACUUGAAAAUGGAACGUCGCGAAAAAACGGAACAGGUCAUGCGCGAACGGGAACGCAUCCGUUUAGAGCAGAUACCCAAGAAAUGGACACGCCGCGAAGAGAACGAAUUCAUCCGCGUUCUCACCGGGUAUGGCAUUGAUCUGAUACCCAACACAACCGUACCAACGCCCGAUUGGUCAAGGUUCAAGGUGUACGCCAAGCUGGACAAAAAGUCUGACGAAAACCUGAGCGAUUUCUACAAGGUAUUCAUCGCCAUGUGCAAACGUCAGGCUGGCGUCAAGCUGAACGACGAUGAAAAGGGACUGGAGGGAUUGGUGGACGAUGUGACCGAGGACCACGCCAAGUUGAUCCUCGAUCGGCUGGAACUGCUAUCGAAGGCCCGCGAAAUCAUCAAACACCCCAAACUGGAGGAGAACAUCAAACUGUGCGAGAACAAUUUGGACACUCCCGAUUGGUGGAUCUCGGGCAAGCAUGAUCGAGAGCUGCUACGGGCAGUGCUCAAGCACGGUAUCUAUCGCUCGGAACAGCUGAUUCUCGCAGAUCCGGAGUUCCCCUUCUACGAGGCAGCUAAGAAAUAUCUGCAAAAUCUGGAAAUUCAAAUUCAACUGCAGAAUCAACAGCUGAUGAAGAUGCAGGCUGCUAAGGCCGAAGCUUCUGAGAAAGCUGAACUUGCGAUGAAGCUCGAAAAGGGAGACGGAUCGCUUAAGAUUGAAAAGGUUCCGAUCAAGAAAGAAACGGAAAAUGCUCAGGAUAAGGACCGGGAGCAGUCAGAAGUCAAACCAAAAGCCGAAGUAAAGGUGGAAGACGAAGUCAAGAAGGAGCAAGAGGAAGCGGGUGCACAAUCGGAAAAACCGGUCGAGGCAUGCCAGGACCUGAAAGAGGACGUAAAGGAAGAGAAAUCUGACGAAAAAUCUUCUCAAGAUGAGGAUAAUAAAAUUGAAGUCGAUGAAAAGGCUGCACAGGAUAAGGAUUCGGAAGAGAAAGAAGAUGGCGAUGUAGAUAAGGAAGAAGAAACUAAGUCUAAGGAAGAGAAAUCGGAAGCCAUGGAGGUUGAUGCAGAAGAAAAAGCCAAGGAUGAAAGUGUAACAGAAAAGGAUGAUGAAGCGAAGGAUGAACAAAGUGAGGACAAGAAGAAGUCAGAAGAAACAGAAGCAAAAUCUGACGAGGUCGAUGCAGCUGAACAGUCGGUGAAAACCGAGGAGGAAUCACCUGCUAAGAAGGGCGAUGAUUCGGAAACAGCGAAGAAGUCAGACGCCGAUCGAGAAUCCUCGCCUGACGUUAUCAUACUGGACGAACAGAAGGCUGACGUGAAACCGAACGUUUUGAGCGAUGAAGAGAAAUGCUCGAAACAGGCGGCUGAUCUGAAGGCUCGUUUCCCAGAUCUGGAAGUGUUCCAACCGCUGAUGAAGUUGAAGCAGUUGGAUAACAGUGUAUCGAAGGAAGACUUUAAAAAUAUGAGCAAAUUUGCCAGCAUGAUUGACACUUCGAUGAUCGUAAAAUGGUUCCGCGACUUUGCCCUGGAGCGUCGAGUCGGACACAUCAUCUACUGUAUCGAGCAUGGCGAGUGGCCUGUGGGUAAAUCCUACUCUGCCUACACCGGAUGCUUGGGCAUCGAUUUGGACAUUCCGCUGCAUGAGACGAUCAAGCGGAUCAUUUCGGUAGAUGCCGACACGCGGCGAUCGACGUCCAGCACGCCGGACGUUAUCACGAUCACAACCGAUCACGCCGGGGCGAAACAAAUCAGCCAAGCGGCAAUGAAUGCCCAAUCAGCUGCUGCCGCGGCGGCUGCCCUCUCGGCUGUUGGCCUCGGAGGCACUGGGGCAGGAGCAGGUGGUACUCAAGGCUUAAGCCAAAGUCAAAUGGCAGCUGCGGCUGCUGCAGCCGCCGCUGCCGCUGCCAAUGUUUCGCUUUCGUCAAGUAAGAAACAACGCAAGAGACACAUUGCUAUUGAUGUUGAAACAGAAAGGGCCAAAUUGCAUGCUUUGUUGAAUAAUACUCAGAGUCCAGUAGCACCCGGUAGCAAGUCUCAGCAAACCUCACUACAACAAUCGGCAGGUGGAAUGUCGUUGAACGAUUACGAACUCGUUGACGCCCGUCGUAACAGUUCGGCAGGCUCGAGCUCUCUGCAACCGCCGCCAGCUCACCAGCACGGUUCCCGCAAUCCGAUGAACUAUUCGAAACCCACGCUUAUUCCUGGCACGUCCAGCACGCUGACUCCAAUUGAUCUAUCGGCUGGUUACAGUCUGCCGAAGGUCAACAUGGCUGACAUGAUCAAGAGUCCGAUGGAUCUAAGCGAAGUGCAGGACUUCUCGAUCGGAAAGAAGGGCAAGCCCAACGAUCCCUACGGCAGCGUCAGUGGACGAGGACUUUCAUCUACGAGCAUUAGUAUUACAAGCGCUGGAGGUGGCGGCGGUUCUUCAAUGCAGUCGCCAUCGGCAGCGGUCGCAGCAGCAGCAGCGGCUGGCAAAGGAAAACUCAACGAUAUGCUUUCCAAGCUGAUGAAGAAGAACAACGUGAGCGUUCCGAUUGAAGAGCCUCCGUUGGGUAAGGAGAAGAAGCGAAGGAAGUUGGACGAAAUUGUAUUGGGGUUGUCUGCUGCUAAGGAACAAAAGACGAUCUUUGGUGAUCCUACACCUCCCGGAGGAAGCUUCUCUGGUAGCUCAAUGAAGAAGCCACAGAUCCCACCAAGCGUGUCGGUAACUCCGGCCAGUGCCCCGUCUUCGGUUAGUCAACAACCGCCCCAGAAACCGUUCACUAUCACAGUGACAAGUGUGCCCGGAACGUCCAAGGGCGGCCAGGGAUCAUCCAGUUCGAACUCGAACAGCGGUUUGGCUGCGUUGCAAAACAUGUCCAGCAUGGGAGCCCUCUCAACUAAGGACAGUUUGAACGCAUUGUUUGCUCAAGCAGCUCAAGCUGAGCAACAGGCGUUCUUGAAGCAGCAGCAAAAGAUUAUCCAAUCGUUGCCGGCGAAUUCACCGCAACGAAAGGCAUACGAAGUGAUGUUUGCUGAAAUGAAGCAAGCUGCGGAACUCAGUUCGAAACUUGGUCAGUAUGGAUCGGCUCAUGACGCAAAGGUGAACAAAUGGCUGGCUGAACAAACGGCUGCCCUCACAGAGCACGCUAUGGGAAUGGAUUAUCUGUCGAGGACAUCGCGAAGAUCGUCGUCCACAUCGCAGUCACAGGCAUCGACCCCAACUUCUUCCAGAUCAACGAGAAACUCUGGAAGUAGCAUGCAACAACAUCAUGCACAGCAGCAGCAGCAACAGCAACAACAACAGCAGCAGCAGCAACAACAAGCGGACAGCAAUCCAAUGGCAUUCAAUUGGAAGAAUCUUACCGGAGAAGAAUACGUUUCAGUCAUCAACAAGAUCAAUGGUAAACGUCUAACAGGGAAUAAGGCUCCACAAUUGAAGCGAUUAACUCAAUGGCUUCACGACAAUCCUCUAUACGAAAUUGACCCGAAAUGGGCGGAAUCUAUCACGCUGCCACCUGGCCCCAUGUCCAUGUCGAAGCCAUCGCCUUCCGAUUCUGGAAGCCCCUCGUCAAGUUCUUCGAAACAAAUGCGAUCGUCAUCGUCUUCAUCGCCAAUGGCAUCGCAAAAUCAAUACGGAAGCAGUUCCGGCAGUGGACAGCAAUCUUCGUCGACUCCGUCGAAGAAGCAUAGCAGCAGCAGUGCCGCCAAUAUGCAAUUCCCGGGUCUUGCCGGUCUGAACGCUAACCUGCUGUCCAGCAUACCUGGUUUGGGUAGCUUUGAUCCGAAGAAUCCGCUGCUCGGAAUGCCAUUCGGUGGUAUGCCUGGUUUGGCCGGGCUUGGCGGAUUGGGUAACCUGAACAACAUGAAUCUCUUCGCUAGCUUGGCUGGACUGCCCGGCUUGUCCGGAAUGGAUGCGCAAAGCCUAGCUGCCAUGAUGGCCGCAGCUGGAUUGGAUCCAACGACGGCUCUUGCUGCGGCUGCUGCAGCCGGUGGCACUCCUCCGAAGGCAGGAAGUAGCAGUUCCAACAAAUCGAGGAAGCCCGAUGGAUCAAGUUCUUCGUCAUCAUCGCAACAGAGCUCUAGCAAGAGUUCCAACACCCAACAACAACAAGCAGCGGCCGCAGCAGCUGCUGCUGCAGCUGCCAACAGUCAGUUCCCAUUCUUCUUCCCGAAUCCAAGUCUUCUGUACACUCCCCUUGGGCUAGGUGGAUUGAAUCCAUACGGAAUCCCGGGUGCUGGUUUGGGAACAAGUGGCAUAACAACGAGCACGACAUCAUCUCCAACUACUUCACGGCAAUCUCAGUCCAAGCAGGGCAGUUCUCGAGGAAUGGGUUCUGGUUCUCAGCAGUCGGCUGCAUCACCAGGCAGUAAAUCGAGCAGAAGCUCAAGCUUGACCAGUCAACAAGCGGCGGCUGCACAACAAGCUGCUCUAGAGGCAGCGCAGCUUCAGCAACUUUUGCUUCCGCAUGACAAGCAUUUGCUGGACUCGCUGACGAGAUCUGCCGGUUUGGACAUUUCGCAAAGCUCCAGGAGCAGUGGUUCUAGUGCUGCCGAUAAGCGGGCAAGAGAAAGUUCUGCUGCACAGCAGGCUAACAAACAGGCGUUGGAAAAGUUGGAGCGUGAGAGAAGGAAAAUCCUGGAGACGUUGUCCCAGGGAGCGUUCCCAUCGGACUUGGCAGCGAUGCAGGCGUUUGCCACUGGUAAAAUGCCGGGUACGUCUUCGUCUUCUUCCUCCGGACAUGGUUCCUCGUCGAAGAGUAGCAGUAGCAGCAGUAAUGCAGCUGCAGCAAACGCAUCCGCAGCCGCAGCUGCAGCAGCAGCGGCCGCUGCAAUGAGCAAGGAUCUACAAUUGCCGCUAACGCCAGAAUUCAGCCAAGCGUUGUUUGCUGAAAUGGCUGCACAAGCGUUGUCUGCUAGUGGGGCAACUGGAUCUUCUCCGGCAUCGUCGUCGGCUUCCAAGAAAUCUCGGGAUCAAGAACUGAAGGAAGCAUUCGAACAGUUGAGCAAACAUCCGAUUGAACUGUUGGCGAGGAGUUUGGGGGUUGGUCCAGCGAUAUCGCUUAUCCCAACCUCAUCGUCUUCUUCGUCGACAUCGGAUUCGAAGCGAACGACGUCCUCUUCGAGACAUGACUCCCAGCAACAACAACUGCAACAUCAUUUAUCCAAGCUAGAUCCGAAGACCCUCAUGAUGACUGGCGUUGGAUCUCAGCAAGAGGAAAUGAAGAGCCCCAGAACCAGAUCUUCGGCCGAUUCGAUGGCUAGCAUCGAUAAAGUAACACUGACCCCGGUGGCAGCUGCUAGCAUAGCAGCAUCCUUGCCAUCGCAGACAACGAUCUCGUUGGCAUCGCCUGUGGGAAUGCCCGGAACUUCGUCGUCGUCAGCAACCGGUACGGGUGGUUCGCUGAAUCUUAGUGCCAAGAGUCCAGCAGCUCUGUCUACGUCUUCGACAUCGAGCAUCGGCGAUCGGGAAAGGGAACGAGAUCGAGAGCGAGAACGAGACCGUGAACGGGAACGAGAACGUACUGAAAGAUUGGCAGAAAGAGCAGAACGUGCAGAGCGAAACGAGCGCGGUUCGAGAUCGACAGACAUGGCUGCAGAUUUGAGUAAGAGUUCAACGAGCUCCACUACCCUAACCCCGACAACAGUAACACCUCAGAAUCUCUCCACGUCAUCGGUACCUUCGAAUUCGAUUCCAACUCCUUCGGUGACGGUAGUGGACACUGCCCACAACCAGGAAAUGGAUCUCGAGGACUUGAUUGCCCCUUCGAAAUUGUCCAAGUCAGGAAAUGUCCUAAACGAUGAGGAUGAUCCUCAGAAACAGAUAAUGUUGCUGAAGCAGAAGCAAAAGCUGCUGCAGCAAGAACAGAUGAAGAAGCUUCAAGAAGCGCAGGAAGCACAACGAAUUAUGGAACAACAGAGGAUAGCUGAACAGAAGAAAAUGUUAGAGGAACAGCAACAACAGCAGAAGGAGCAACAUGAGCAGGAACAAGCUCAUGCCCGUGAGUUACGACACAAACGCCGUAGAGAACGCGAGGAAAGCGAAAGAGCUCAGCAUAGCCGCCAUGAAGUAGAACAGGCUGCCCCUGUUCAAGAAGAACCCGUUCAACCGGAAGUAGAUCAUCGGCAACAAGAGGAAAUGCAAGCUCCUCAACCGAUGGAAAUGCCCCCAGUUGAAUUACACCAACCAGAAAAGGAAGAACAACAUCAAGAGCAACAGCAUCACGAUGAGGCAGAUCGACACGAGCGACGAGCCUCGCGAAGAAGUCAGCGCCAUUCCACGGAGCAACCGUCGGAAGACGCCAACAAGUUUGAUCACGAAAAAGCAGCAGCAGCAGUGGAGUGCUUAGCGUCGACGAGGAAAUCCACUCGGUGCAGUACAGAUGCGGCCAGUUCUUCCGGUGGAGAAUCUAACAGCGCUCCGGCCUUGACUCCAACAGCCGGUGGUCGACGAGCGACGCGUUCCAAGCGACGAAGAAGCGGCGAAGAUCUUGAUCUUACCGUUGGCGUUCCGGAGCGGAAGCGCGAGUUGCGAUCCAGUGCAGGACGACAAGCAGCAGCUGCAGCGGCACGAAUGGCAGCGGAAGCUAAGGCAGCCGCAGCAGCAGCAGCGGCCGCAGCUGCUGCAGCACAGUCAGAGGGUUCCCUGAACUUGUCCAAGGACCAGCCGGAACCCGCGGAAAAGGACGAACAGCAACCCAUUUGAUUAAAAAUGAGUAAAUGACGCUUAUAAUUUUAGGUUCACAGUUUUUGUUUGUUUUUGUAGGAAGUUUUAGGCGGUUGAUAUUAAGAGGAGAAAAGUGUUUUCUUUUUUCGAUAGUAGUGUAUACAUAUUAUAGUGAAUGAGGGAUGGAGUAUUGCGAAGGGGAAACCAUGUGACGUAUAAUUGUAAUUUAUUUGCUGGCAGGAGCAGAACAGAUGUAAAGUAAUUGUGGUAGACAGUAAAAAAAGAACAAAACGUCUGUAGGAUUAAUAAAUUCUGACUUUGAUGCGACUCAAGAUGCUUAUGUUGAUGCUUGUAAGUACCCAGUUCAGAAAGGGAGCUUUUAAUGGUAAUCUUAGAAUGACUUGCUGUGGGAAUUCUUGUGGGGGAUUGCCGUUGAGACCUGUUCUUUCAGCCAUGUUGGACACAAGUCGCUAAGCAUCUUUUGCCACAUCGAAGUGCUUUGGAAACUUCUGAGAAAAAAAAGAUCUACCCUUAAAAUCUGUUAUAUUCGUGUACUAUAAUCAAUGUCUUAGUAACACCUAAAGUUAAAAUGAAAACGCAAGUAGUGUAAAGUAACUAGCUGUCGGACUAAUAGAUAUUUUCCCUAUAUCAUUGAAGUUGAUUUGCUGAAUGUUUUAGCAAAUCAGUCAGUUAUCGUUCCGGAAGAAACAUCAGGAACUUGGUUCCCUCGAUUCAACUAUGAUUCAGGGAAUUAAAUACGAAGAUAAGGGAAAGUGCAAAAAAAAUGAAAACUUAAAAAAAUAUAGACAAGCGGGCUUGAAAGCAAGCGAGUACUGUUUAGCUUAUCUGACUAGCAUCUAAUGGAAACAAAAAAAAAAGCAGAAUCAAAGCAUCUUAAUUUAUUACCCCGUUUUGUUCGUCACACAGCAAAUACAAAACAAAAACCUGUACAUAGAUAAUCAAGCUAUUUUAACUUGUAGCAAUUUACUUCAAUGUAGAAAUCGAUUAAUCUCGAUGCAAAAUAAAAAUCAUGAAAAUAUUUCACAACAAAAAUCACAAAAAAAUGAUUCAUUUUCGCAUUUAUCCGCUAGUAGAAAAUAAUCAAACUGUAAGAGAAAGAGAACAAAACACAAUCUAGUUGCUAACCAUCUCUCAUCUAGCAAGAAGGAGGCAAAAGUAAUACUGAAAAGUCGAAUGCGCGGUGGUGGACGCGGUUGUUGCGUGCUGGAAUCCCUCGAGGAGAACCCAUUCUCGUUGUUCCUUCCUCGUUGUGUGGUUGCUGCGGGGGGAAAACAUCCAAAUGUGGCAACUCGGAGGGCUCCAUGAAGCACGAAUUAGUCGAAAUUGGCUUGAAGCAGUAGGCAAAAGUUUUGUGAAACAAAAACCACAAUCCAGGAAAUAAACCAACAUUAGUUCCAAGAAUUACACACACUCACACAUAGAUAUGAACACGAGAUAGACUGAAAUCCUUUAAAGAAAAUCUUUUUUGGUGUGGGCGGAAAUCGAUUUGAAUGCGCGGUUGGUUGCAUUUUUAUUCCAUUCGAGCCGGCAACCUAACGUUAUUAAACAUGUUAUAUCAUCAGAAUCCGAUGUUCCAUUCAUGGGAAUUUGAACAAGCGGACAGAAACAGUCGUGUACAUUAUUGUUUAUUACAUGUGUUUCUUAAAUUAUCUCCAAGCCUCCUGUCCUCCCAAAACAAAUCUACACUUAAGAUUAUCACACCACAUCUCGAUUCAAAGGAACUCGUUCGCGUAUAGAUUUCAACUAUUUGUUGACUGUUGCGUUUAUCUCGAUGCUUCCGGCAUCGGAUGACCAAGAGACUGCUGCUCGUGACGGCCACGUGGGGUAGAACGUCAUGGCUGCUGCUCUUGGUUGGACAGAAAAUUACAAGAUGAACAAUGAGUAGAAGAACGGGAAGUAUCGCGAAAGAAAAGAUUGGAGCGAGAGGAUACGGAAUGGGACAAAGAGUAACACAAACAAAAAGUAACAUAACACUGCAAAAGUGAAAUUUAGACCUAGUAGUAAUUUAUCUUCAAUAUUGAAAAAUUAAA